AUGAUAUUGGUAGAUGAACUGGGUAACAAGAUAUACAGCUCUAUCCAUUAUUCUUUAAUUCCGAAAUUUGGACAUCUACUCGAAGAAGGCGCGUUCCGAUUAAUCUCAAACUUUGAAGUUAAAUCAACUGACACUACGUUUCUGCUAGCUAAACAUGCGUGUAAGAUCAACUUUUUGAAAGAAACAUCUGUUUCUACUUCAAAUGCUUUUGAAAUCAACGGAGAUCUUUUUGAUUUCUGCCCAUUUGAAAAAAUCAACAACUCCACAGUCGAUAAGAAAGCAUCUUUUGAUGUCAUAGGGCAAGUGAUUGAGAGCAAGCCUAUUCGUAUUACAGAAUCACGCAAUGUUAAAAAACAUAUUCUGGAGUUUCAACUAUGUGAUGACAAAGGGACUAUUGUAUCAUGUGCAUUAUGGGAUGACUACGCCCACCAAUUCCACCAGUAUAUUUCAACUAAUGGGAACAUUGUCGAACCUGUGAUAAUUCUCUUACAGCUCGCAAAGUAUAACUUUUGGAAUAGUAAGUUUCUAAACUUCUAA